CUCAGCACACACAUUGUCCCGCUGCGCAGCCCAGAGUGGUUCCAGAUGUACCCCUUCCCGAGAUCCCUACCGCAUUCCAACUCCACGUCACCCGCUGAAAGGAAAGAACAGAUAGCAACAGUCGUCAAGCAACUUAUCGAGAGGCAGGAAUGUUUCACGUAAGGGAGAAUGCCUGGUGGACACGGCCAGAAACCACUCUGGAACUGCGUCAACCGCUAUGUCAGGACCUGUAGACGCGGUACUGUGAACACUGGGUUGACUUUGUUCCUCGCCCAUGCGAAUGGGUUCCCAAAGGAGAUAUGGGAAAUCAUGUUACGAAGCCUCUUGGAUUCGCCAGCUGCCCCUUUAGUGGAUGAAGUAUGGUCUUUUGAAGCCGUUCAGCAUGGUGACUCGGCUCUCGUGAAUGCGGAAAACUUGGGUGGAAUUUUUGACACGCAGGACAACACUCGCGACAAUGCUAACUUUCUGUUAUACUACCUCCCGGACGAGACUACACCAACACCCUUGCCUACACAAUUAUCACGAAUUUCGCAAGCCACAAGCGACGCCCGCAAAGAACAUGGAUUCCGCCAGCGGAAACUUGUCGUCGGUCAUUCGUUUGGUGGCGCCACAUCUGUACUUUCGUGCCCCUCAUCUCCACUAAUGCCCAUAAUUCUGAGUAUCGAGAACAAGCUUCUACAACCAACAGUUUCACCCUGGACCUUGGGCUACCCUUGCCACCACUCGCGAGGCGAUAUACCAUUUCCGUGCGAUGCAAGCAUCGAUAGCCCCUAGUCAACUUAAUAUCUUGACCAAGCCACUAAAUAACAGUUCUCGCAAGGCAGGCGCCGAUACUUAGCUUCUUCUCACCUCUAUACUCCCAACGC